AUGACUUCCACCUUUGACUUUGUGAUCCUCGGUGGGGGCACGGCUGGACUUGUGGUGGCAUCACGUUUGUCCGAGAAUCCCGGCCAUCGUGUGCUUGUCCUGGAGGCCGGCUCAGAUCUCAGUGAUGACCCUCGCGUCAAGACUCCAGCUUUCUAUGCUACCCUGAUGAAAUCAGAUGCGAACUGGGGCUUCAAGUCGGAGCCACAGCCUACACUCAAUGGAAGGGAAAUUGGUUUGCACCAAGGACGUGCUCUUGGAGGAUCUAGUGCCAUCAAUGGCCAGGCGUUUGUUCCCCCCGGAAAACACACUAUUGAUGCCUGGGAGAAGGCUGGAAAUCCGGGUUGGAAUUGGCAGGAACUAGAACGCUACUAUGCCCGUUCUCACACAUUGCCAGGAGUUACACAGAGAACCAAGGGUGAACGAGACGGGGAGAGGGAUUUCCAUGGACCACUCCAGGUCUCGUUAUCUACAAACCUUUCUCAUCCAAUUCACAAGGUCUGGAACGAAACCUUCCAGGCCAAGGGACAUUAUGUGUCUGCAGAGCCAUGGCUCGGCCAACCCGUCGGCGCCUUUAGCAGCCUUGCGACGGUGGACCCCUCGAGAAAAGAAAGGAGCUACGCUACCACGGCAUACUACAACCCCAUCAAGGAUCGCAACAACCUACAGCUCCUCACAAAUGCAGUGGUGGAGCGGAUUAUUUUCGAGACGCAAGGUUCCGCCACCAGAGCGAUUGGGGCUCAGUACACUCAUAACGGGAAGACCGAGACAGUGACAGCCGCCAAGGAAGUCAUUCUUGCCGCCGGUGCUUUGCAGUCCCCCAAGUUACUGGAGCUUUCCGGGGUUGGUAAUGCCGAGAUACUAAGGAGAAACAACAUACCACUGGUCGUGGAACUUCCUGGGGUUGGCGAGAAUCUGCAGGAUCAUAUAGUAUGUCCAAUAAGCGUACAGGCUAUAGAUGGACUGGAGACCAUGGAUCCUCUUGCAAGACAGGAACCAGAGGCAAUCGGGCAGGCCAUGCAGGAAUAUGCGACGCAUAGAACUGGAUUGCUGACAUCUCCCGGCACGGCCACGUAUGCAUACAUGCCGACCACUACAGAGUUAUCACGGGACAGUGCCGGAGCUCUGAAAGAACUUCUGGACCAGAAUCAGCCUGUCCCAUCGAACAAUGGCCAUGGCGGUAUAGGUGCAGAUCUCCACGACUUUGUUGGAAAGGUCCUCACUGAUCCGACAAUGCCAUCUGGGGCCUAUCUCUCCGUGCUCAGCCAAGCUGGGAAAAGUCCCGUUCCAGGUACUUGGCUAACGCUGGUUGCGUAUCUUCCCCAUCCACUGUCUCUUGGGAGCGUCCACAUACGAUCUCGGCUGGCUUCGGAAACUCCCGUGAUUGAUCCGAAAUAUUUUUCUCACCCUGUCGAUAUUGAAGUGCUUGCACAUGAGAUGAGAUACCUGCAAAGUUUCGCGACUUCAUCGCCAUUCAACAAGCUUCUGAGGGAACCUCUGCAUUACCUGGACCCAACUACCGAUUUUUCCAACAUGGAGGCCACCAAGGACUACAUUCGCUCCAAUGCGGUAUCCAUGUGGCAUUAUGCAGGUACAUGUGCAAUGCUUCCCAAGGAGAAAGGGGGUGUCGUGGACACUCGGCUUAGGGUACAUGGUAUUGACAAUCUUCGGAUUGUCGAUUCCAGCAUCAUCCCCAUCGUCACCACGGGGAAUCUGCAGUCUACGGUAUAUGCCAUCGCAGAGAAAGCAGCAGACCUGAUCAAGAGGGAUUAUAGAGAAGUCUAA